GUGACAUACAGUGAACUUAUGUCAGCCUGAAGUCUUUUCCCUCACCCUAUCUCAUCUAAAAGGAAUCGGUUCAUUAUAUACUUGCACCUUCGAUCGGGACGGACACCUUGAUCGGUUCAGUGAAAAAUACCCCCAUAUAUAUUUAUAUAUAUAAUGGGUGGUGAGAUUGUAACCAUUCACCUUGGCCAAGCCGGUGUACAGAUAAGUCACGCAUUAUGGGAACUGGUUUGUGUGGAACAUGGAAUACAUGCAGACGGACGUAAAUCUGAGGAUGCCGCCAAUCAAGAAAACUUUGAAAUCGGCCGCGACUAUGUGUUUCGUGAGGUACUCAGGGAUAGAUAUGUGCCCAGGGCACUCCUCGUUGACCUUGAACCAUCGGUAGUCGAUGAACGAAGUGACGGACCGUUUACGAAUUCUUGUGGAGCAGUGUGAUAAUAUGUCUUGCUUCAAACUUUUGUAUUCCGCAAACGGAGGCACUGGUUCGGGGUUGACCAGUGCUUUGUGCGAACGCCUCUCAGACGAGUAUGGGAAGAAACACAAGUUCGCCACCACUGUUUAUCCAUCCCCGGGAUAUUCCGAACUCAUGGUCGAGCCUUACAACGCCUUGCUUCAUUCUUCAACCAACUUGACCUUUUGCGACUGUGUCAUCAUCACUGACAACGAAGCAAUGCUGAACGUAGUCGAAGACAGCCUGAGAAUGCGACACGCUGGAUUCACUCUGCCCAAUCGUGUCAUUGCUAACGCAAUCGCGACGCAGUUUCUAUCGCACCGCUACAAGUUUAUCGGUCAACAGCAUUCUCACGUGGAUGAACUACUGAUCAAUUUGAUUCCAUACCCACGGAUUCAUUUUCCUAUGGUGGCUUUUGCACCAUUCUUGGGUGCUGACUGCCAACCGUUUGAAAGGUACUCCGCGGUCGAGCUUGUCCGCUCAGCGUUUUACGAUACCAAUCAGCUACUAAGUGUUUCCGCCGUCAAACGGGCUUACAUAUCUUGUGCUCUACUGUUCAGAGGUUCCAUCACACCAAUUGAAGCAAUCAAUGCUGUGUCAGCUUUAAAGGGUGACCGUAUGAGUCGUGCUCGCUUUGUCGACUGGUGUCCAACCGGAUUCAAAAUUGGCGUGAAUUUUGCCCCUCCUAUUCAACCAAACACAAUGCAGACAAUCUCCUUGAGAAAUAACAGUUUGAGUAUGAUUGCAGGAAACCUUGCCAUCCGCGAUGUUUGGACAGGGGUCGGACGCAGAUUUGAUCAACUUUACGAGAAACGAGCAUAUGUACAUUGGUAUGUGGCUGAGGGAAUGGAAGAAGGAGAGUUCACUUUGGCGAGAGAAGUAAUUCAACAAUUAGUUGAGGACUAUGAAGCCAUUGCCAAAGAUGCUGAAGGAGCAGUCUACGAUAGAUCAGUGAACCAUUCGCAUAAUCAGAGCGCUGAAUCAAUGGUUCGUAUUGCUCCAGCUGGAAAGCGAGCCCUUCAGCAUACAAACGACGUUAACUUGAAUCAAGUGACCACCCUGGAUGACCCAAACAGUCUGCGGACUUUAGAAAAUAACGAAGAAAAUAUAUCGCUUGAUACCAAUCAGCAUCACUUGGAUUCCUUCAAUGGGGAUGGAUUUCGUGUACCACGUCUUCGGGGUACACACUUCGAUGAGGAUGGGCAGCGUUUUGACUGGGCACAGCGAACUCGGCAUCAAAAAAGGUUUGAUCCCACGUCUAGAGUUCAUCCGUCCUGGAAACGCCGUCUGCGGUUCCCAGAGAUGUCACAGCCACGCCAUCCUCAACCUCAACCUCCCAUAUCAAAUCAACAACAGUAUAAUAGAAAACAGGCGACACAACAGACUUCCCCAGUGGAAAAUUUUGGUCUCGAAAAAAACCAACAGAGUUCUAACGCCCUAUCGGAACCACCGUUUCCGCUGUACGGGACAAACUGUUCUGCUGCUGUUUUCCAGUCAACUCGGGGCCAUACGGUCGAAGAACCAUUCUGUUCGAAACGAACAGGUUCACAGGUCAGAGCACAACCGCCACCAUCUGCUGGAAUUGGAUGUCAACAGAUGAAUGGCACGUCGUGCCUGCCGCAGUCUUCUAAAACUCGUGCCGACAUUGAUUAUGGGUUGACGCAGUAUUUAAGGGAAGGAUCAGGGAUACCCAGAUUUUCUGGUCGUGCUUAUGCCAAAGAGAUGCUCCGCAAAGUUAAUCUAUAUCAGAGCGGCGACGAUCAAGUUAGUCAGAUUAGCAGUGUAUUAUCAGACUGUCGCAAUCCGAGUAAUGCCUGUCUGAGUUCCUCUGGGCAACCGCUUUUGCAUCGAGUCGGGUCUGAUCAUGGCUUGGGGUCAAACCACGACAAUGAGUCUGAAAACUCUGAUAAUUCGACUGUUUGUAUAACUCAAUCGAUGAAUCAGCUCUCAGCUGUGGCGGUCGAAUCAGAAGCAAUCAGCUCACCAUCAAAUCAGGGGAACUCCGCUGCUACUGCAGGUUGUAUUAAUCGCGUUGCCCAUGGUGGUAGUCUGGAGAGCAUACCAGAAGUGAGAAAUAGCUCAGACCAUAGUUACCUUACCUCUCCAGGUGAGCAACUCCCGCAAAUAUCCCAAGGAUCAGACAGCCCACCACAAAUUACCCCACUAAAGUCGUCCAUAGGUUUUCUUUCGCAAACCACUGAUCCACUUUCGACAACCCAGUUGUCCAGAACAGAAGCACAAUCAAAUGCCUGUUAUUCACAAGGACAUCGACACCGAAAACUACACAGGCGAGAUCGGCAUCGGAUGCAUCACUGUACGGCCACAGUAAACCCGCAUCACAGGAGUUGUUCACGUGAAUUCAAGGCAGAUCACAACUCUUCUGUGUAUAGCGGUCGAACGGAAUUGAACCAAUUCUCCAAGAAGAGUUAUGAAUAUAGCCACCCAGCGAGUCAGUCAACAUCAGGCAACCUAACAGCAAUCAACAAAGUUUCUAUAGAGGAGCAGAGAUCAGAUAGUGUUUGCCCAUCAACGACUAGAGUCGUGAGUGUCCAAGAUACUCCGAAUAUCAGCUUGGAGCAAGGUCCACGAGGACAUGCUGCUAGCCCGAAUCCACGAUAUCAAAUGCGGUUGAACUCUCUAAAUAACUGGCCUAAAUCCAACACUGAAAGUGGUACAAGCCUCGGCGGUAAACAGACAUCGGUUGAGAUGAAACCACGCGAUUCAAUGAAGAACACUGUUAAGGACAAGGAAGCAUAUGUGACGAAAAAUAACUCCACUGCGAGCACAAGGUCCUGUACACGUGAAUCCGAACAUCAUGAAGUUGUACGGCUCCAUGUACCUUUAGAAAGAAUAGAACCUGACGAGGAAGCCAUUCAAACGAAAUUUCGCUCUACUGCAGUAAUAACUGUGAGGAAAGCAACGAACGUCGGUUCCUAG